GGCCGGGCCGACCCGCUGCGGGCCGCUCCGAGGGGCGGAGGAGGAGGGAGCAGGCGCGCCCUGGCGGAGCCGCACUCGGACUCUGGGGGCGGGGAGAGAGGGGUGGAGCGCCGGGAGAAAGGCGAGGGGCCGUGACGACCGGACUCCAUUAGCCGCUCGGGCCGGGAGGCAGCUGGUCGUGGGCUGAGGAGGGAGACGACGACGCGGACGCCCCCUUGCCCCGCCGCCGCCGCCCCGCGCCUGUUGCCCAGCCAACUCCGGGGCGGGAGCGCGAGGAGCGCGCGGAAGGAGCCAUGGCUCUGGACGGGAUAAGGAUGCCAGAUGGCUGCUACGCGGACGGGACGUGGGAACUGAGCGUUCAUGUGACGGACCUGAACCGCGAUGUCACCUUAAGGGUGACCGGGGAGGUGCACAUCGGAGGGGUGAUGUUGAAGUUGGUGGAGAAACUCGAUGUUAAAAAAGAUUGGUCUGACCAUGCUCUCUGGUGGGAAAAGAAGAGAACUUGGCUUCUUAAGACACACUGGACAUUGGAUAAGUAUGGCAUCCAGGCAGACGCUAAGCUUCAGUUCACGCCGCAGCACAAACUGCUCCGCCUGCAACUUCCCAACAUGAAGUAUGUGAAGGUGAAAGUGAACUUCUCUGACCGAGUCUUCAAAGCUGUUUCGGACAUCUGUAAGACUUUCAAUAUCAGACACCCUGAAGAACUUUCUCUCUUGAAAAAACCCCGAGAUCCAACAAAGAAAAAAAAGAAAAAACUAGAUGAUCAGUCUGAAGAUGAAGCACUUGAGUUAGAGGGACCUCUUAUAACACCGGGAUCAGGCACUGAUGUUCUUUACAUUGGCCCUCUGAAAGGAAGCAUAUAUUCAAGCCCAGGACUUUAUAGUAAAACAAUGACCCCCACUUACGAUGCUCAUGAUGGAAGCCCCUUGUCACCGACUUCCGCUUGGUUUGGUGAUAGUGCUUUGUCAGAAGGUAAUCCUGGUAUACUUGCUCUCAGCCAGCCAAUCACAUCUCCAGAAAUCUUGGCAAAAAUGUUCAAGCCUCAAGCUCUUCUUGAUAAAGCAAAAAUCAAUCAAGGGUGGCUUGAUUCAUCAAGAUCUCUUAUGGAACAAGAUGUGAAGGAAAAUGAAGCCUUGCUGCUCCGAUUCAAGUAUUACAGCUUUUUUGAUUUGAAUCCAAAGUAUGAUGCAAUCAGAAUCAAUCAGCUUUAUGAGCAGGCCAAAUGGGCUAUUCUUCUAGAAGAAAUUGAAUGCACAGAAGAAGAAAUGAUGAUGUUUGCAGCUUUGCAGUAUCAUAUUAAUAAACUGUCAAUCAUGACAUCCGAGAAUCACUUGAACAACAGUGACAAGGAAGUCGAUGAAGUUGAUGCUGCUCUUUCAGACCUGGAGAUUACUUUGGAAGGGGGUAAAACAUCAACAAUUUUGGGUGACAUCACUUCCAUUCCUGAACUUGCUGACUAUAUUAAAGUUUUCAAGCCAAAAAAGCUGACUCUAAAAGGUUAUAAACAAUAUUGGUGUACCUUUAAAGAUACAUCGAUUUCUUGCUAUAAGAGCAAAGAAGAAUCCAGUGGCACUCCAACUCAUCAGAUGAACCUUCGAGGAUGUGAAGUUACCCCAGAUGUAAACAUUUCAGGCCAAAAAUUUAACAUUAAACUCCUGAUUCCCGUUGCUGAAGGCAUGAAUGAAAUCUGGCUUCGUUGUGACAAUGAAAAACAGUAUGCGCACUGGAUGGCAGCCUGCAGAUUAGCCUCCAAAGGCAAGACUAUGGCGGACAGCUCUUAUAAUUUAGAAGUUCAGAAUAUUCUUUCCUUUCUGAAGAUGCAGCAUUUAAACCCAGAUCCUCAGUUAAUACCAGAGCAGAUCACAACAGAUAUAAAUCCUGAAUGUUUGGUGUCCCCUCGGUAUCUAAAAAAGUAUAAAAACAAACAGGAAAAAGGAUGCAAAAAACAGAUGCCAGGCUAUAUAAGAGAUUUGAUAUCAGCAAGAAUUUUGGAGGCCCAUCAAAAUGUAGCUCAAAUGAGUCUAAUUGAAGCCAAGAUGAGGUUUAUUCAAGCUUGGCAAUCAUUACCAGAAUUUGGAAUCACACACUUUAUCGCAAGAUUCCAAGGGGGCAAAAAAGAAGAGCUUAUUGGGAUUGCAUACAACCGACUGAUUAGGAUGGAUGCUAGCACAGGCGAUGCAGUUAAAACUUGGCGCUUCAGUAACAUGAAACAGUGGAAUGUAAAUUGGGAAAUAAAAAUGGUCACCGUAGAGUUUGCAGAUGAAGUACGAUUGUCCUUCAUUUGUACUGAAGUAGAUUGCAAAGUGGUUCAUGAAUUCAUCGGGGGCUACAUAUUUCUCUCAACGCGUGCAAAAGACCAAAAUGAAAGUUUAGAUGAAGAGAUGUUCUACAAACUUACUAGUGGUUGGGUGUGAAUACAGAAAAUGUGUAAUAAAACUCCAUGGCCAUAAGAAUAUUUAACUUUUAAAAGCUGUUUGUUAUAUGCUGCUUAAUAAAAGUAAGCUUGAAAUUUAUCAUUUUAUCAUGAAAACUUUUCUGCCUUACCAGACCAGUUAAUAUGUGCACUAACAAGCACUACUAUUAAUCUGCUAUCAUGAAACAGUAUAUGGACUUAAAUAUGGCACACAUUCCUUAGGGCCAUAAGUUGAAAACAAGUAGUGGGCAAGCCAGGAACAAAACAUCACUGAUUUAAGCUAGCCAAACUGUACGAAACUAAAGCCAUCUAUUUUAAAGCGAUCCAGGAUUUAAACUAUAUGAAUUCUAUUUAUCAUGUUUAAUGCAUGUGUUUUAAUGUAUGUUUAAUUUGACCUGUGUUUAAAAUUAAUCCUAUUUUUGGUUGCCAUUUGGUUCUCCCAUCCCAUAUAAAUCAGGUCUGUGGAAGAUACCUGAUAUUUAAUAAUGUCAUUGUUUAACUUUGAAGGAAAAUACUAUUAGUCCGUUAUUCUUGGUUUAUGUUAUUGUCCUAGAAUAAGCAUGUAUGUAUAUUGUCUUUUGUUUUAAUUUUUACACCAUAUUGUAUUACAACACUUUUAGUAUUCACCAGCAUAUUCACUGUCUGCCUAAAAUAUGCAACUUUUGCAUUACAAUAUGAAGUAAAGGUCUAUGAAGUAUGCAUUUUGUGUAACUAAUGUACAAACACAAAUUUUAUAAAAUUGUACAGUUUUUUAAAAACUACUCACAACUAGCAAAUGGCUUAGAUGUAGCAUCUCUGCAUUAAUUAAUGCCUUUAAGUAUAUAAUGUGCAGUUUUAAUAUCUGCUAAAUUAAGAAUGACUUCAUUAUAGUCAUGAUUUGCCACAACGCCUUUAACUCUUAACUCCUGGACUGGCUGUGUUCUAGUCUGUUGCGCUACUACAAUCUGCAUUGGUGCUAGUCUGAAAAUUCCUAGCUCACAAAUAGCCCAAAAGGGUGCCAGGGAGGGGUGGAUUACCAGUAUUGUCAAAUAAUCCAUGGUUUAAAGUCUGUAUAAAUGCAUUUUAUUUUAAAUAAAAACAAAAUCUUUUA